AUGCAACAACUUUCUGAACUUGGCUAUUCAACAAUCCCUGCAAGAAGUUUUCAAGAAGCUUUUAAUAUCAUUAAAACAGAAUAUGGAUCGCUAAAUGACAUUUAUUCAAAAUCUCGUAAAAUUUUAAUGAUUUUAAUAGACUAUAAUUUAUUCACAACGCUAGGCUUUGAUGCAUCAUUAACAAUUAGAUCAACGUGUCCACGUAUUUCAAAAAUUCCAAUCGUUGCUGUAACAGAUUUAUUUACAGAAGAAAUACGAAAUAAAUGCGUUGACUCUGGAUUAAAUGAUUGUCUCAUAAAACCUUUAAAAAUUGAACAACUUGAAAAAAUUUUAACAAAAUGGGCCACUGAAGAUUAA